ACAGUCACCUACUCAGUCUCACACACCAUAAUAUAUAAUCUCCAACGCCAAAAGUGUGACAUUGUAGCAAUCACAUUUUAAGAAAAAUAGUAGAAAAACACACAAACACACACACACAACCACAGCCAUUCGUUAAGCUUGUUCUUUGAUUCUGACUAAGCUUUCCUCCAGCUAAAACCAGCUUCGCAGGAGAUUUCCUUGGAUCUUGCUCCUGAGUCAAAGUUUUUCAUAGUUUGGUUAUUGCAAUAUGGAAAUAACCCAACUGUCUGGUUCACUGGCUUGUGGAAUUAAUUUUAAGAAAUGUGAAAGAAGGUCAAUUAAAAACAUGGCGAAAAGAUUUGGGUCCAAAAUCUCAAGGGAAGGUCAUCAUGUUCCUUACUUUGCCGCGUGUGAUAAUAGACAAUUGAGGUUUAGCAAUGUUGCUAGGCGAUGUGGGUUGAUUAGUGAGCAACAAACAUCAGAUUAUGAGUUGAGUGCUUCUAGUUUGGAGGUUCAGGAUAUUGUAGCAUCCAAAAAUGGGACCGUACCAAGCAAGAGAAUCUUUGAGAUUGAUGAGACACUCUCAACCAGUGAAUCACACACUCCAAGUGUCCAAACUGAGCUUAUAAUGCUUUCUUUACCAGCAAUUGCUGGACAAGCAAUUGAGCCCUUGGCACAACUGAUGGAAACUGCUUACAUUGGAAGAUUGGGGCCCUUGGAGUUGGCAUCAGCAGGUCUUUCUAUGUCAAUUUUCAACAUCAUAUCAAAGGUUUUCAAUAUCCCUCUUCUCAGUGUUGCGACAUCAUUUGUGGCUGAAGACAUAUCAAAGAGCGCAAGCAAGGAAUCUAAUUCAGCUUUUGAUGGAAUGGGUGAAAGAAAGCUUCUACCCUCAGUCUCUACUGCCUUACUUUUAUCAGUUGCAAUUGGUACUUUUGAGGCUUUGGCAAUGUAUUUGGGGUCUGGAAUAUUUCUGAACAUUAUGGGCAUAUCAUCUGCUUCAUCCAUGCGCAUUCCAGCAGAAAAAUUUCUUAAACUUAGAGCAAUUGGUGCUCCUGCAGUUGUUGUUUCUCUGGCCAUUCAAGGCAUCUUCCGUGGAUUCAAGGAUACAAAGACCCCUGUAUUAUGUCUAGGACUCGGAAAUUUGUCAGCUGUGUUUUUAUUUCCUUUACUUAUGUAUUAUUUUCGCUUGGGAGUAACUGGUGCUGCCAUAUCUACUGUUGUCUCUCAAUACAUUGUCACCAUUUUGAUGAUCUGGUAUCUUAAUAAAAGGACUGUGUUAUCAGUUCCCAGUGCAAAAAGUUUGCAUUUUGGUGGCUACCUAAAAUCUGGUGGUUUUCUUCUUGGGAGAACCCUAGCUGCUGUUUUGACAAUAACUUUGAGCACAUCAAUGGCUGCUCGUCUUGGACCAUUAGCAAUGGCAGCUCAUCAGAUAUGCUUGCAAGUGUGGUUAUCUGUAUCUCUCCUUGCUGAUGCACAAGCUGCAUCUGGUCAGGCUCUUAUUGCAAGUGCCCUUGCUAAAGGUGACUACAGCACUGUGAAAGAAAUCACUUACUUUGCUUUAAAGACAGGGCUAUUCACUGGCGUUUCCUUAGCUAUCAUAUUGGGCGUGUCUUUUGGGUCAUUAGCUACAUUGUUCACUAAUGAUUCUGAAGUGUUAGGAAUUGUAAGAUCCGGGUUGUUGUUUGUCAGUGCCAGUCAACCUAUCAAUGCUCUGGCUUAUAUAUUUGAUGGCCUCCAUUAUGGAAUUUCAGACUUUUCAUAUGCAGCUAUCUCUAUGAUGGUGGUAGGGGCAAUUUCUUCUGCAUUUUUGCUCUAUGCUCCCUCUGUUAUUGGUCUUUCGGGUGUUUGGUCUGGUUUAACUCUUUUCAUGGGCUUGCGAACAGUGGCUGGAUACAUGAGAUUAUCAUCCAAAAAGGUCCAUGGUGGUUCUUGCAGGAGGACAUCCCUAGCUUAAAGGUUGCCAUUUGAGCUGCAGAAACUUCAGGAUAUGAACAUGUGGGCACACCUGUUAUAAUAGGAGAUAUAAACCAAUUGUUAUGUAACUAUUCUUUUUAUUCCGUCUUCCUUUUAUAUUUUUUGUGUGUAUUCUUUUUCUUUUCUCAACCCAGUUGGCAGGUAAAUAGGAGUUGUGGUUGAUGUAUAGUUGAUGUUCUGCAACUCAGAUUUGCAAAUCAUACAUUAUUCUAUAUUCAUUUGGUUUGGUUUUAAAAUCUCUGCCACUGGAUUAUAGAUCAUAAGGGUUGAAAUAUGAAGGGAUCAAUUUUGUGCCCUGUAGGCUAUUAUGUUGUAUCAGACACUUGCAACAAUUAUUCAAUAUUGUUGACUCU